AUGAAUAUAGGAAAGUAUAAUAUGAAAACAGACAGGACUGUGUGUAAAUUCAAUUUGCAAGGGAUGUGUAGAUUUGGAACAAGAUGUUGGAAUCUCCAUUCGAAACCAGAAAAGGUCAAAGAAAAUCAGGUAAAUGUUAAGGCAGCAGAACCUACUCAACAAGAUGGUGCUUGUGCUUUAUCUCCAACAAAUUAUCUUGACUCCGUCUCAGCCUCAAAUAAGCAAAAUAUUUAUGGACCCAGUACCUCCACUAUAGAAGAGGCUAUAUCUCUGGUAAAAAUUGCUGAAUCAGGAGAUAAAACAUGUGGAAUUUGCUUUGAUACCAUUCUGAAAAAAACUGUGAAAAUGGAACAAAAAUUUGGCAUCUUACCAAACUGCAAUCAUUGUUUUUGUUUUACAUGUAUUAGGAAAUGGAGGCAAAGCAAAGAAUUUGAUUUAGAUGUCUCUAAAGCUUGUCCUGAAUGUAGAAUUGCCUCAGAUUUUGUAUACCCUUCUAAUGUUUGGAUGGAAACUAAAGAUGAAAAAGAUAGGUUCAUAGAUUUCCAUAAGCAGAGGAUGAAGAAACUAGACUGCAAAUACUACAGAAAGGGGAAGGGCAAAUGCCCUUUUGGAAAUACAUGUGUCUACUUGCAUGCAUUACCCAAUGGAAAAGUAAUGGAUGUAGGACCUCCACAACCCAGAAGACAUAGGCAUUUUGGAAAUAUCUCUGAAGCCGAUGUGCUCCAGCAGAUCCUCUUCUGGAUCAACGACGAGGAAAUCGAUGUGGACUCGGACGGUGAUACUGGUGACACAGACGAGUUCGAACUGGACCUGGACGAUCCUCUCAUCGCCAUGCAGUAUUACGAUCAUGAUGAUAUCAGGCGGUAUAUAGCGAUGGACCGGCUUUUCAAUGGAUCAGACGACGAGGACGAAUUCGACAUGGACCUCUAG